AUGGCUUCUACUACUGAGGAAAGAGGAAACCUUUGGGAUUAUACAAAUAUUGUAAUGAACUUCCUUUGUGGACCGCAAACACUUGAUGGUUGUUCUGCUUGCAAUCUUGAUUGGCUUCAGUACUUUGACGUUGUUAUCACUGGCAGUGCUAAGCCAAGUUUUUUCUGUGAUGAAAAUCGCACCAAUCUUUUUGAGGUUGAUCCUGAAUCUGGGAUGCUUCUUAAUACUGAUAAUGGCACUCCUAUGCCUCAGGUGGAUACUUCUUUAAGGCUGUCAUUGAUGAAUUGGAACAUGAGUUUCGUAGUUUUCCAGGGAGGAAAUGUUGGCCAUCUGCAUAAACUGCUGUCAAUAGAGUCAAGCUCCCAGGUUUUGUCUCGAUCCUUCAUUUAG